UGUUGGCACAACUUGUUCAGUAUUUUUAUUAUUUCUUUUUCCCCAAUUGUACAUAUGAUCAGAGCGUGAAUUUUCACUAGAAGUAUCUAUAAUGUUUUGCAAAAAUAUUGAGUGAUGUACAUGCCAGUUCUCUUACAUUAGUUUUAAAUUAAUUAUAACAAUCCUUAAAAUCUCAUGUUGUUAUUUUAUAUGGAUCAGUAUGACACGUAAAUGUGUUCUAUGUAAAGAAACAAAUUAUAAAAAUACCUAUAGUUUCUUCUCAGCUCCAAAGGAUCCAGAAACACGUAAAAAAUGGCAAGCUGCAAUUGCUAUAGAGAAUUAUUCUGUAAGCGAUGAUACAUAUGUUUGUAGUAAACAUUUUCAUAAAAGUGAUAUUAUCACGCAUUGGGUUAGUGGAGUUCCACCACAUGUUAUUACUAUAAAAUAUAAAAAAUGUAGAUUAAGACCAGGUGCAGUACCUGGUAAAAAUAUUCAUCUUCAAUCAAAAAAUAACGAAGUUAUUGAAAAAAGUCAUUCCGAUUUGUAUGGCUUGAAUGAUUUUUUAACGUUUCGUAAUAGUUUGGUGCAAAAUAUUGAUAAUAAAAAAGAGAAUUUUCUUAUACCUAGAGAGAAACAAAUUUCAAAUGCAGAAAAAGAAUAUUCUGAGUUUAGAAAUCAUGAAUAUACGCAUGAAAAUAUUAAUCGAUCAAUAAAGAUACAAUCUUCACAGGAUGAAUCGAAUAUAAGUAUGUCUGUUGAUGAUUCUAAAACACAAUUAAGACUGUCUUCUAAUAGAAAUAAUAAACAUGAAAAAACAAUUACCAGUAAUUAUAAUAAUUAUAAAAUAAGCCUUGAAGCAGAUGAUAAUAUAGAAAAAAAAAGGCAGAAAGAAAACAAUAAUUAUAAUCAACUCUCUCAAAUGAAACUUGAAAAAAAUGAAAAUAAUUCUUCAAAUAUAUUCAGUUAUUCUGAAGAGGAUGAGACAUCGACAGAUAUAUGGGAACAUGAAGAAGUUAAAAACAAAACUUAUAUUAUGAAAAAAUGUAUAGAUAAUACUCUACAGAAGAAUAGAAAUUUAUAUAUAAACAAUCAAACGUUAAAUAUUGUAAAUGAUCGUUUGGAUAAAUACGACGAUUGUGUGUAUGGUGAAAUACGAGAACACGAAAUCUUGUUUGAAGACUUACUAGAAAUGUGUUUUGAAAUUGCUUUACCACGUGGUUGGUCAUGUAAUGUAACUUCUGAAGGACAUGCUACAACAAUAGUAUAUUUGAGCAUGGGAAUGACAAAAGCUGGUAUGCCUUUUCUAGAAAAACAAGUAUUUGUAAAAACUGAUAUGAUAUUACGAUGUAGUGCUUUAAAUCAAGAAAUUGAUCCAAUAAUGUAUAAUCUUAUAAGAGAAGGUAAAGAUAAUAAAGUGCAAUGCUUGUUAGAUAUUGAGGAACUUAUAGACGAAUUUGACAUAAGAAUUAUUUGCGAAGGCAUAAUUGAAAAUUUUCAAGAAUAUAAUUGCCCUAAAAUAGCCUGCAAAGAUGGUACACGAUGGAGACAUAUACUAUGUCCACUCAUUAUAAAUAAUGAUUCUGUGAGAUGUUCCAAGUGCAGCAUGUUAUCUCAUUUGAUAAGACGCAGAUCCAGAGAGUUUAUAUCUUGUAAUUCCAAUUUUACUUUAAGAGAACAAAGAAAAAUGUAUACACGCCAAAGAAACAUCAGACAUGCAAAAGAGCAUUACACGAAAUAAAAAUGUUAAUAUUUAAAAAA